CUCCUCCUCUUUUGUUUUUAUCCAGUGUCUGCUUCCUCUCUCUCUCUCUUCCCCUCCUCCUCCUCCCUCUGCCUCUUCCUCCGCUCUCUGCCUCCCUGCAGCGCCAAGCCGGCUCCCCAGCCGGGUCCGCCGAACGCAAACCGCUGAGAGUUUGCCUAGCCGCCCCUGGGGCCGGGGGCCGCGGGCCGCCGAGUCCCGCGCAGGCACGGCCGCCAGCCGGCGAGGGAGCGCCGCGGAAGGAAAACAAGCGGGCGCGCGAGGAGAGCCCCGGAGGGCGGCCGGGCGGCAGCGGCGGGCGACCGAGUUAGAUCGGGGCGGCCGCGCCGCGAACCCCCGCGCCCCCUCCUCCUGCGCGGCGCUCCGGGAGACAGACUUGCUCCGCUCGCGGCUCGAGCGGCGACCGUUUCUUAACGCGUAGGGCGGGAAGCCGGGCCGGCGGGCGGGAGAGAGCGGGCCGGCCGAGGCGCCGGGACAGCGCGGAAGCGGCGGGACCCAUGCCGGCGGCCAACAUGAUGGAGAGCCUGCAGCCGCCCGCCCUGCAGGUGCCCGAGCCACGGGGCGCGCCCGAGGGCAGCCCGAUCUGGUCCAGCUCGUCGACCCCCACGCUCCGCCGCCGGCGCUUCAAGAUGCGCCGUAUGAAGAACGUGCAGGAGCCGAGCCUGGAGGCCGGGCUGAGCCGGGACCUGCCCGGCGUCUUGGCCCCCGGCAAGGAGUUCCUGCAGCUGCCGUCCAUCGAGAUCACACCCUCCAGCGACGAGGACACCCCGUGGUCCAACUGCUCCACGCCCAGCGCUUCCCCACGCCGAAAACGCUUCCUCCUCCGCAAGUGGCUGCGGGUGAGGGAGAGGAAGGAGUGCAGCGAAAGCAGCAGCCAGCAGAGCAGCCAGCAGAGCAGCCACGACGAUGACUCGAGCAGGUUCCUGAGUCCUCGGGUGCGGGAAGAAAGCACUGCCAGUAACUCCAACCGCAGCACGCCGGCCUGCUCCCCCAUCCUCCGGAAGCGGUCUCGCUCGCCCACCCCACAGAACGUGGACGGAGACACAAUGGUGGAGAAGGGCUCAGAUCACUCGUCGGACAAGUCCCCGUCCACACCGGAGCAGGGUGUGCAGCGCAGCUGCUCCUCACAGUCCGGCCGUAGUGGUGGCAAAAAUUCCAAGAAAAGCCAGAGUUGGUAUAAUGUGUUAAGCCCCACUUACAAGCAGAGAAAUGAAGACUUCAGAAAGCUCUUCAAGCAACUUCCAGACUCGGAGCGCCUCAUCGUUGAUUACUCGUGUGCACUCCAAAGAGACAUUCUUCUUCAGGGCCGACUCUACCUCUCUGAGAACUGGAUCUGCUUCUACAGCAACAUUUUCCGCUGGGAAACCCUGCUGACCGUUCGUUUGAAAGACAUCUGCUCCAUGACUAAAGAAAAAACAGCUCGCCUCAUUCCCAAUGCCAUCCAAGUUUGCACUGACUCAGAAAAGCACUUUUUCACUUCCUUUGGGGCCCGGGAUAGGACGUACAUGAUGAUGUUCCGGCUGUGGCAGAAUGCUCUCCUUGAGAAGCCCCUGUGCCCCAAGGAGCUCUGGCACUUCGUUCACCAGUGCUACGGGAACGAGCUGGGCCUGACCAGUGAUGACGAGGACUACGUGCCCCCCGACGACGACUUCAACACGAUGGGCUACUGUGAGGAGAUCCCCGUAGAAGAGAAUGAAGUGAAUGACAGCUCAUCCAAAAGCAGCAUAGAGACCAAGCCGGACGCCAGCCCACAGCUGCCCAAGAAAUCCAUCACCAACAGCACACUGACGUCCACGGGGAGCAGCGAAGCGCCCGUCUCGUUUGACGGGCUGCCCCUGGAGGAGGAGGUGCUGGAGGGCGACGGGUCCCUGGAGAAGGAGCUCGCCAUCGACAGCAUCAUUGGGGAGAAGAUCGAGAUCAUCGCGCCCGUGACCUCCCCGUCGCUGGACUUCAAUGACAACGAGGACAUUCCCACCGAGCUCAGUGACUCUUCCGACACCCACGAUGAAGGGGAGGUCCAGGCCUUCUACGAGGACCUGAGUGGCCGGCAGUACGUGAACGAAGUCUUCAACUUCAGCGUGGACAAGCUCUAUGACCUCCUUUUCACUGACUCGCCCUUCCAGCGGGACUUCAUGGAGCAGCGGCGAUUCUCAGACAUUAUCUUCCAUCCGUGGAAGAAGGAAGAGAACGGAAACCAGAGCCGAGUGAUUCUUUAUACCAUCACCCUUACCAACCCUCUGGCUCCCAAAACUGCCACCGUCAGGGAGACACAGACCAUGUACAAGGCGAGCCAGGAGAGUGAAUGCUACGUGAUCGACGCCGAAGUCCUCACCCACGACGUGCCCUACCACGACUACUUCUACACCAUCAACCGCUACACACUCACCCGCGUGGCCCGGAACAAGAGUCGACUCAGGGUCUCCACAGAGCUGCGCUACCGGAAACAGCCCUGGGGGCUGGUGAAAACGUUCAUCGAGAAGAACUUCUGGAGUGGGCUGGAGGACUACUUCCGCCACCUGGAGAGUGAGCUGACCAAAACGGAGAGCACCUACCUGGCUGAGAUGCACAGACAGUCUCCCAAGGAGAAGACCAGCAAGCCCCCGACGGUGCGGAGGAGGAAGCGCCCCCACGCCCACCUGCGGGUGCCUCACCUGGAGGAGGUGAUGAGCCCGGUCACCACGCCCACUGAUGAAGACGUGGGCCACAGGAUCAAACACGUGGCAGGUUCCACGCAGACACGGCAUAUCCCUGAGGACACCCCCAACGGUUUCCACCUGCAGAGCGUGUCCAAGCUGCUGCUGGUUAUCAGCUGUGUUCUGGUGCUGCUGGUCAUCCUUAACGUGAUGCUCUUCUACAAACUCUGGAUGCUGGAAUACACCACCCAGACUCUCACUGCCUGGCAGGGUCUGAGGCUCCAAGAAAGGUUACCCCAGUCUCAGACAGAAUGGGCCCGGCUCUUAGAGUCCCAGCAAAAGUACCACGACACUGAGCUCCAGAAAUGGAGGGAGAUCAUCAAAUCCUCGGUGAUGCUUCUCGACCAGAUGAAGGACUCACUCAUCAACCUGCAGAACGGCAUCAGGUCCCGUGACUUCACGUCGGAAAGUGAAGAGAAGAGGAACCACUAUCACUGACAAGGCAGGAGCAGGGGCGGCCGCCGGAGGCCUGUGCAAUAUGUGUACAUAGACCAUAUAAAUAUAUAUAUAAAUAUAUAUAUACAGAAUAUAAAUAUAUAUUAUAUACAGAUUUUAAAAAGAGAUAAUGCCUAUGUACCAGGGAGAAGGAGCGGGACCGCCUCCUGUGCUGGCCGGUGGAGGGGCCGAGGAGGGCAGGGACCACCUCUCAGCACCGACCUCCCCUGAUCCUCCUCCCCCUCCCCUCCCCAUCCUCUCGUCCCCGCCCUUUCCCUUGCUGGCCGUUCUUGGCUCUGAGAAGGGGAAUGUUGUUGAGCCAAAGUUAUGCCUGUGAAGACCCUGGGGUCGUGCAAAGUCUCAAGGGGGCAUUGCUUAAGGUGCUUCAUUCCCUAAUCCCCUUCUGAUUUGUUUCCAAAAUAAAAGAUAAUUUUUUUCUUCCCUGCCCCGCGCUUCCCCAGGCGUUCUCUCUCGGGAACAAGGAAGCAUCAAGGGCAGGGGCCCCAUCUAAACUCCAGCAUCUGAGGCCACCCGUUUACUCGGGCCCCCACACCAGGAGCCAGGUGCAGAGGGAGGGGCAGCAGGGAGGCUGCGCCCAAGGGAGUGGGCUUUGUAGCCGCAGCGCCUGAGGGCUGGUGUUCCAGAGGGUGUCCUCCUCCAUCGCCCUGCACCUUCCUCUCAUCUGGGUGGGUGUGCACCCAAUAAGGGCUGGGGAUUUGUUACUUUCCCACCCCCCUCCUCUCUGGUCUUUUCCCAGGCUGGGUCUGGGUGAAAUGUCACUUUUUAGUGCCUAAAGCCCUAUUUUUGCUCUGUGCCCUAAGAGCACAUCGUUUAUUAGUCAGGGUGGAGCAUUUUUGAUCUUGUUAAAUCUCUUUUAGUGAUUAUAAGCAAAUCAGGUCUGUGGCUCUAACCCCUUUCCUUUGAGCUGUCAUUUGAUUUCCAGGAUGAAUCAGGGUGUUCUAGGACCUCCAGGGUUUCACAGAGUGAAUGCGCUAGCUGUGGACGGAUGGUAGGGUCUGACCACAGAAUGAUGUGUGAGGAGUGAGCACUCUAUCCAAGCAUUCUUGGGCUGCCAGCAUCAUUUAGCCUCAGUGAGGAACCAACUUAGUUGAGGGAGACAACUGUCUGAGCUACUUUGCCCACGUUAAGAAGACCUCAGCCUUGGAGGGAGUGGAUUUGGCAAAGGUAUGUGCAUUUAGGCAGGAAAAAGCCAGAUCGAGUCUGCCCCGUGGGGACCAUUCCAAAUCCGGUUUCCCAGAGCUGGGAGUGGAAGUUCUGGCAGAGAGAGCAAAGCCUUCUCUGAUCUCUGGCCCCAGAGAGGUAUGAAGUCAUGGAGGAGUAGAGAGAAGGCCAUGGGUUAGGAGAGGGAGUCAUGUAGAGCCUUUUCGGGGUUGGCUCACUGAACCCAUAAUUUGUCUGACCUGGUGGGUCCCUUCUGAGCAUGCUUCUGGGUACCCUUCACACACUACGAUUUCUCCAUGUAAGGACCUGAGCAGUCCCACCAGCCCCAGGCAGAGCGUGCAACAGAUUCUUGAUCUGGAAAAGAUCCUACCGAUUUGGCAAGGAGAGCGCUUCCAGAGUGCUUGUUCUGGUGGGCCUCUUGGCGCAAGGGGCAGAGGAAAGGAAGAUUUUAUCACUCACCUAGCCUGAAGAAGAGCACGUAGUGUUCUCCCGGACAGGCCGGGGUGCCCCACUCUGGCAGUUAAGGAAAGGUUUUAGCUUUUCAGUCUAUCUGAGAAGAUGGCCUUGUUACUGCCCUUAGGGCAGGGUGAGAAGACGAAAGAUACGGGCCCAGGUCAUCCCCCAAGGGGAGCUGGAUGAGAAGGUUCCAUGGGCAUCACCUAGAAAUGAUAUUCCUCCCUUUGAAAAGGAGGUAUGAGGGAACGGAGCUGAGUGUAAUCCUGGUGAAGGGCACUUAUCUCCAUCAUUCCUGUCCUGGAGGCUGAAUGGGAGACCCUGGGGAAGCUCAAGGCUCAUGGGCCUGAGCCAAAGGAAGAGGAAUAGUGUAGGCUGCUAAGAAUUUACCCAUUGGAGUACCCAGAAAUCGAAAUUGUUCUCAGAAACUACUGAAAGGAAAACUGGUAAAUCCUGUAAUUUACCCCAUACAUAUUACUUAUUUAUUUAUGUAAAUUAUUCAGGUAUUAAAGGUCCCACGGUCGGACCUCUGGGCUGACUUAAAAAGGGCUCUUUGCUGGGAGUAAAGCAGUUUAAGUGGGCCUCGCCUCAGGGAGCUGCUCGGCUCUGGCUUCACCUCCGGCUUCACCUCCCUCUCAGGCCCGUUCUAGGGAGGAGUGGGUGAUGGGAAGGAUGUCCAAGGAAGCCCCUUGAGAUCUGGGGGUCUGAGCCCAGGAGACAUUGUGUACACACGGGGAGCAUCCGCCUCAUUUCUAAGAGCCAUGGAUCUUUUGUGGGCGCCUUCUAUUCUAAUAACUUUCUGACUUUCAAACCAGGGGAAAAUCAGUAACUCUAUUUACUCCCCCCCCCCCCCAAAAAAAAGCUUUACCCCCUUAUUUAAUAACCUGUGAAAGAGGAGGGACCUCCCCCUUGUGGAUCAGUUUGGGAGUGAAACACGUAAAUAACAUUGUUACUCAUGGCAGCCUGGCUUGUAACUAUCUGCAAGGGAGCAUUAAAACCACCAUUUCUUACAUUAUUUCUCCUAGCCAGGGCUUUUUUUGGUUUUGUUCAUGUAAGAACUCAGUCAUAUAAGAGUCUUUCUGCGAGGAUUCGUGUGGUAAGACAUUUGAGAGCUUGCACUCAGUUUCAAAGCUCCUGCAGUUUCUAGAUGGGUACAGGACAGCUACAGGUCUACACUUCACUCCAGCUGACUGUGGAGGAAUCAACAGGGCUGUCCUGGGAGAAGCCAGUCGUGACUGUAACACCCUCCUUUCCCCCAUCCACCUCCCUGGGGCAAGGGGAUGCAUUCUGAGACACCAAGAGCAGCAACUUGAAGCCCCCUGUAAGGGCUGAGAGCCGGGAGACCUGGGCCUGAGUCCUGCCCCUGCUAUUGGACAAGUCCCUCCCCGUCUCUGAGCUUCAGGAUCUUAUUUGUAACAGGAAUCUCCUGAGCUAGACUAUCUCCAAGGUAGGGUCUAGCUUUGGCAUUGUCCUGGAGGCUAGGUCAGAGACUGGCAAGGCUGGGCUUUCUCAAACUUGGCAGGUGCCUGCCAGGAGAGGGUGAGCCUUCUGGACUAGUGUUUCCCUGGCAUUAAAUGAGGGGUAGGGCAGUGUCUGGGUUCUCAGGAAAUCCAGGGUAUUUAAACUUUAUUCUUUAUGGACUAGGAGGGGUAGGGAGGUCCAGUGAAGGGGGUGGGGAGGGAGAGGCAGAAACAGAGAUCAAGCUUGCUGUAUUGCUCGGCAUCAGUGCAGGAGGCUAUUCCUUCCUUUGUUGGCCUAGUCUUAGGUUUGGGAAGGGUCCUUCCUUUGGACUUUCUCCAGGCUCAGAAGAAGAGGAUGGUGGCAAGAAGGACACCAUCUUGCGUUGAGCUCAUCUUCUGUCCUUAAGCUGUGAAGCCUUUCAUCUCUCCAUCCUUCCUCCUCCUCGCCAGGGCAAAGGGUGGAGAGGAGCCGUUCCUGGCUCUAGCACUUCUCUUUGGGCUCCAGCCUUAUUGGGGUUUGAAUUAAGUGUGAACCUUUGGCUACAAUCCUUGGGUUGCCUCAGAGCGUUGACACUAAGAACCUGGGAUUACAAGGAAGGGGGAGGACCAAAAAAACCUCAAGAGCAAUGCUUUGAUAGAGCUGGAUUCUCUCCAUGACCGUGUCUCUGACCCAAGUUUGGACCAUGUCCAAUACAUUUGCAGGCAGCGUCUCUAGGGUGAAAUCUUGGAGGAAGGAUUAGGGGAAGAAUCUUUCUGGACUGUCUGUGGUCUCAGAAGGAUCCUUUCUGUGACGUAUCCUGCUGCAUAUUUAGCUCUGCAGGGCAGCCCAGGGCAGCCCUUCCUCCCUAGGGGCUCCCAGGAGAGAGAGCACUCUUUCUUCCCCCGGGUGGCAGGGCUGUGGUCUCCUUCCCCGCACCCGCUGACUCCACCUGCCCACUUCGGCAGGAAAUGUGAGAACCUCUCUUCCUGAUUGUCUUCUCUCCCAACCUUUGUCUCUAGUCUGUGGGACAAUCAUCACUUGACAUCCUUGACCCUCAUCCCCCAGCCUCCAGCAGGCUGGCCCCACUCCCCUCCACCUUUAUGUUUUCUUCCAGAAGAUGCAUUUUUGGGUCCGAGAGGAGCGUUUUUCUGGAAGGCCAUCUUUUAACGCCCCUGCUUUCCUGUUGUGGAGCAGAAAUUUGCACACGGUGUAGAGAGCUUCCCUCCCCGCCUCUCUGCCCAGCCUUGUUACCUCACUCCUGCUCCGGCCGUGGCUGUGACGGGCCCAGCCAGCUCCCUGCUUUGGUGUUCUGCGCGAAGCUCAGGGGUCUUGAGCAUUGUUUUCUGUUGUGACUUGAGGUCCUCAGCAGGCCUGGGAGCCCAGAUUGGAGCCUUGGCUGCUGGCGAGAAGCACCUUGCCUGCCAAGAGGAACUGAUGCCAGACAAUGUACCUGGCAUGUGAAGGCGUGAAGAACAGUCAUCUCUGCCCUCCUUGCUUCUCUCAACACGAUGAGAUACUGCAGAAGCAAAAUGGUGGCCUCUGCUCCAGGCAAGACAGCUGGCUCUGCCUGGGGAGUUGGCCCUGGGCUCGGGUGCCACUCCCUGAGAUUGCAUAGUAAGAGCAACCAUUUUUGCCAACAGUAGCGCGUGGCUCCCCACAUUUCUCUCUCCUGCACUGUAGGGCCAGACCACUCUCUGCAUGGACCAGACCUUCUUCCCAAACCCAUGGUGCUUUCCCCCCAACUCAACCUAGACUCCACAGUGGGGAGGGAUGGGUCAGAGGCCAUCAUGGCCCCUGGAUAACCCUGACAUGGGGUGGAGUGGGGUGAGGCAGAGGGAGCAGCCCCCAGCACUGCACUGGGCCAUAUAUGGGGAAGAACACAGGCUGAUUGCAGUUGAGUUGUCUGGCCAUCUGUGUUUGAACCUAUAACUGUACUUUGCCUGGCGCUGUGCGCAAGGUCUGAAAACUGACUGCUAGUACCUAGAAACAUACAAGGCUUCCCGGUCAAAUCUUCAUGUAAAGUAGCUAGAGCCAUGGAAAUACAGUAUGAAUUAAAAGAAAAAAGUAUUGAACUACAAAUAAUAAA